AUGCAAAUAUUCGGCAGCUUUCGUACUGCAGAAGUAAAUGAAAUUUACAAAUCAAUCAUACAGCCUAGAAGAGCGCCCUCAAAUACAUUGUAUUCUGCUUUGCAGGUGCACGCCCGCACGCAUACUGGAGAGAAGCCGUUCCAGUGCGCCGAGUGCGGUAAAGCAUUCUCCCAGGUGCGCAACUACAAGUACCACGUGUCGGUGCACGCGGGAACGAAAGAGUUCGCGGCGGUGUGUCCAGAGUGCGGCAAGGUGUUCAACAACGGCGGCUACCUCAGCUCGCACAUGAAGAUCCACCGCAACCGGAAAGAGUAUGCGUGCGCAGAAUGCGGGCGGCGCUUCAACCAGCGCGUCACCUGCAACACGCACAUGCGCACACACACGGGACUGCGACCUCACGCCUGCACACUGUGUGACAAGGCCUUCACGCGCAAGACGCUGCUCAUCCAGCACAUGCGCACGCACACCGGUGAGAAGCCCUUCACCUGUGAGGUGUGCGGGAAGCGGUUCGCGGACCGCAGCAACAUGAUUCUCCACCUGCGCCUGCACUCGGGCAUCAGGCCGUACAGCUGCGGCGAGUGCGGCAAGGCGUUCACCAAGAAGCACCACCUCAAGGCGCACAUGUCCUGCCACACGGGACUGCGGCCCUACACCUGCGACCUCUGCGGCGCUCGCUUCAGCCAGUCCGGCAACAUGCGCACGCACCGCAAGAAGUGCACCGCGCCGCGGCCUUCCGGCGGUGGUGGUGGAGUCGAGGGCGACGCGGGCGGAGGGGGUGGUGAACUCGGGGUCAAAGCGGCGGGUACCAGCGUAAUCAUGCGCGUGUCCGGAGAGCUGGUGCAGCACGUGUUGCAACGCCCCGCCGAUGCUGCUGCCGCCAGCGACUGA